CCCAGUAAUUGCUAUUCACCAUAUAAUAUAUAUCCAUGUCACUAUUUGUAGAUGAUGAUAUAAAUGCUCAUGAGGGUCCAACAUUAAGUAGAGAAGAAGGGAGUAGUACUUCUCAAUUGUUUGUAGCUAGAGACCAUGAUGAUAAUGAUAAUGAUAAUUAUAAUGAUAACGACAAUGAACAAUCUAUACCAGUACGAUUUGAACCAGAAGUAACCCCCAUAUAUCCAGCACGAGAAAUUAAUAGUUCAUUACCCUUAAAGUAUUUACAGGAAAUAGUCGAAGAUUUAUUGAGUCAAGAUGGCCUUUUAAUUUUGGGACGAGGUUUAGGAUAUGAAUUGGUUUCAGCUAACGUAUUGCACGCGUUAAGCUCUCCAUUUGUUAGUCUACAGCAUAAUGGUCAAAAACUGAUAGAAAAGAAAGCUUUGAUAUUUGUUCUAAAUUGUCGAGAAGAAGAAUUAUUACGAUUGAAAGAAGAUAUCAUGGAAUUACAAUGGUUAGAUGAUGAGAAUGAUUUACCAUUUGAAGUCAUUACUGGUGAAUCACAGACUAUAAGAAAGAAUUUAUAUCUUAAAGGUGGUAUAAUAUCGGUAUCUUCUCGAGUAUUGGUAGUUGAUUUAUUAUCAGGAUUAAUAUCUCCUGACGAUGUAACUGGUUUAUAUGUAUUCCAUGCAGAAAAGAUAAGAGAAACUUCAAAUGAUGCAUUUAUCAUCAAUCUAUAUCGAGACAAAAAUGAUUGGGGAUUUAUAAAAGCUAUAACGGAUGAACCUGAAUCGUUUACAGGAUUUUCUCCACUUGAGACUAAAUUAAGGAUAUUAAGAGUUUCUAAUACAUUUCUAUGGCCUCGAUUUCAUUUAGAUGUAACAACAUCAUUAACUGCAAAAACAAAGGCUAGAGCAACCUCAAGAAUAGUUACUGAAAUUCAUGCUAAACCAACUUAUAAAAUGAAUAAAAUCCAACAAGCUUUACUUUCUUGUGUUCAAGCAUGUUUGUAUGAACUCAAGAGACAUGUUCCCGAGCUUGUUAAUGAAUAUUGGGAUAUGGAAAAUGUUCAUGAUGCAGACUUUGUUAGAAUAAUAAGAGGAACAGUAGAAACACAAUGGCAUAGAUUGACUUAUACUGCUAAACAAUUAGUGUAUGAUAUUAGUACUCUUGUAGAAUUAAUAACAGAUUUAGUCAGCUUGGAUUCUGUUAGUUUUCAUCAAAGAGUAGAUGGAAUCUUAUCACUGAAUUUAAAACUAGUUAAUAAUAUUGGUAUGCAUGUUACCGGUAGUCCAUGGUUAAGUUUACCAGAAGCCAAUACUAUUAUCAAUUAUGCUAAAGAGAGAGCAUUAUUUGAAACAGGUAAUGGGAAAUAUGAGUCUGAAGAGUUACCCAAAUGGCAUGAGCUUGGAUUAUUACUUGAUGAUAUUCAACAUGAAAAAUCCUUAAAUCCUCACCAGGGCCCAGUUCUAAUCAUGUGUAAUAGUCCUACAACAGUUAAACAAUUAAGUCAGUUACUUGAAUUUAUGAGAGAGGAGAAGGAUCACUUUGGUAGAAGAAGAUAUACUUUCAAAAGAUUUAUGUUGCAGAAAUUACAGGAACUACCAGACUGGAUUAAACUUACAGAAAGAGUAAAACAAAUCAACGAUGAGAUCAAUAGUGAGGAGCAAGAAGAAAAUAAAGAAGAAUUGAGUACAUCAAAGACUUUCUCCAGAAACGAUCAGCCCACUAGCAAACGAAGAAGAACUCGUGGUGCUUCAGCAACUGCAAGAGUGGAAAAGUUAUAUGCUGGAGAUACUAAAUCACUUCAAGUCAAUGAUGAAAUCUUGGAAAAAAUGGAAGAAGUCAUACAAGUUGAAAGUGACGAAGAAAACUUUGAGGAUCAAAUAGAAGAAGAAAUAGAAGAAGUAUCCGUUUUAGAAACUUCUGAAGGUGGAGGUUUCUUCUAUACUCCCGAAGAACCUAAUUUUGAAUUUAUAUCUAAGGACGAUGAGAUAUUUAUUGAGAGUUAUAAUGAGAAAUCGUCUGAUGCCUUCUUGCAAGAGAUUUCUCCCUCUCAUAUUAUAAUGUAUGAGCCCAAUAUUUCAUUUAUAAGGCGAGUGGAAAGUUUUCAAGCAAUAAAUCAUGAUAAUCCAGCAAGAGCAUAUUUGUUAUUCUAUGAAGGAUCCGUAGAAGAGCAAAAGUUUUUGUUAAGAAUCAAGAAGGAAAAAGAGGCCUUCACGAAAUUGAUUCGGGAAAAGGCCAAUUUAAGUAAACGUUUUGAAACUGCUCAGGACAAUUACAAAUUUCAAAUUGAUAGGACAAGACUAGUAAAUACUAGAAUAGCAGGAGGUGCUAAUUUCAGAAGUGAAUCUGAUGAAUUUAGAGUUGUGGUGGAUGUGAGAGAAUUUAGAUCUUCCUUACCAAACCUUUUGUAUCGGUCAGGAAUAACGGUUGUUCCCUGUAUGAUAACUGUAGGUGAUUAUAUUGUUUCUCCUAAGAUUUGUGUGGAAAGAAAGGCUAUUCCUGAUCUUAUUUCCAGUUUUAAGAGUGGAAGAUUGUAUACUCAAUGUGAACAAAUGUUCAGAUAUUAUGAAUUACCUACUCUAUUAAUAGAGUUUGAUGAAAAUAAGUCGUUUUCACUUGAACCAUUUUCAGAAUCUAGAUAUCAGAGAAGUAGUACUACUAUUAAUCCUACAGUCAAUCAAGCUUUGCAACAAAGUAUUCAAAGUAAGUUACUACUGUUAUUGAUUGCCUUUCCUAAAUUAAAAAUUAUCUGGUCUUCUUCACCGUAUGAAACUGCACAAAUAUUCUUGAAAUUGAAGGCAAAUCAAGAAGAACCAGAUGUUGGAAUGGCUAUAGAUAAAGGAGUAAAUAAAGAAGUUACAACAGAAGAUGGUGGACCACCAGUAUUUAAUGAAGAUCCUAUUGAUUUUAUUCAGAAUAUUCCAGGAAUAAAUAGUCUUAAUUAUCACUUAAUUAUUCAGAAAGUUAAAAGUAUUGAAGAAAUGGUUAAAUUAACCAGAGAUCAAUUUGUACAAUUAUUGGGGGAAGAGAAUGGAAAAAAGGUUUAUAAUUUUAUUAAUCAAAAGAUACAUUAAAUAUGGCUUAGUAUAUAGAUAGUAGUAGAUACGGUUGCUAAUUACCCUAAUAUGGUUGUCAUUUGCAAUCUAUCAUAUGUACAUUAUGAAAAAUAGAAGUUCUUUAUAAGUAAUCUGUGAUCGAUUGCCUAAAUAGGAAAUGACACAUUAAUUAUGUUUGUUUACAAAUUGCGAAAUGAGGAUAUUUUUACGGGGUGGUGAGAAGCUGCUAAAAUAUUUUUGGGGGGGUUGAGAUGACUCGAGUAGAUGGAAAGUUUCACUGCAUUCCAAACGAUCAUGAAACUGAGGAUGAUCACUUGGCAACUAGAAAUGAGCUAAAUUGUAUUCUGGAAUAUAAAAUAAAAAGAUUCCC